UUGUGUUUUUUUUUUUCCUUUUCUUGUUAGCAACGUUUUAUAAUUUUCACCCUAGUGCAACUACUGCAGGUUCUUCUCUUGUUUCUCUGAGCAGUACCAUUUUCGCUGCAUCCAAAUCUACUCCUCAGCUGUUUUUGUUUCUUCUUCGGAUAGUCACAGAAAUCUUUUUGUUUUUCAACCGAUCUCGUUUUGCCCGUGUAGAAUCUUGUAAACCCUCUUGGUAGGCCUUUGGUGUGAAUAGAUGCCAGUUGCUAAACUCACGGCCUCUGGCUCUCCUGAUGUCAUGAAAACAGAAGACAGAAAUGAUUCUAUAGAUACCAUCAUCAGACAAGCAAUUGGAAAGGAACCUUUCCUUUCUUUUCCUAGGGCUGGUGACAGCCCUGUACAAUGGAUUCAAUUACUCCAUGCUUUAGACCAGCAAGAACUUCCAGGGUGGCCUUUGCUUUCUCCUGUGAAAGUUCAGUUGCAGAAGUGUGACAAGUGUUCUCGAGAGUUUUGCUCUCCCAUUAACCAUAGAAGACAUAUGCGUGUACACCAUCGAUUGAAGAAGCUUGAUAAGGAUUCUAAGAAAAACCGAGAUCUUCUAGGAGCUUAUUGGGAUAAGCUCUCUAUAGAAGAGGCAAAAGAAGUUGUGUCAUUCAAGAAUGUAAUGUUGGAGGAAGUUCCAGGGUCUUCAAUUUUAAAUGCUUUGGCAAGUCUUACUCAAAAACAAGGAUUGUCUUCUCUUCCACAGUAUUAUCUUAGGGCUGGUUCUGCCCUUCUGGAUAUUGUCGAAUCGAGGCCUUCAAGCUUUCCUAUAUCUUCCCAAGAGUUGUUCAGUAUACUUGAUGAUUCCAGUGAAAAAACAUUUUUGUGUGGGACAGCAGUGUCAAUGCAAAGAUAUGUUUUUGAUGGAGAGGCUGGAAAGAUUGGUCUUGAACCAAAAAACAUAGUUUCUUGCACUAGUUUCUUGGUAGAGCAGAAAUUGGUGAAGGCAUGGCUUGCAGACAAAGAAGCUGAAGCAUUGAAGUGUCAGAAGCAGCUAGUUGAGGAGGAAGAAGCUGCUCAGAAAAGACAAGCUGAGAUUUUGGAGAGGAAACGCCAGAAAAAGCUUAGACAAAAAGAACAGAAGGGGAGGGAACUGCUCGAAGAUGACAUUGAAAUUAAACGGAACAUCAAUAGCACAGGAGAGGCUGUACUAUCUGCAGAAACAUCUUUGGAUACGUGUGUCUUUGAAGCACAUAAUUCUGAUACAUUUGCAGAUCAUGCUUCUUCACCACAUGCAUCUGCCUGUCACUUUCCUGACAUUUAUGAAGGUGCUGAAAGGGACUCAGGGUAUGAAUGUGACACUGAUCAAAAUAUUGAGCGACAAACAUCCCACAGACAUAAUCGUCGACGCAUGAUGGUUGCAAGACAGCAAGGACUGCCAAAAUCACAGUGGGCUGUAUCCAACUGUUUACAUGCGAGCCCAUAUUCUCAAUUAUCAAAGCAUGGAGUCAUUCAGAGAUAUGGGACAAACCGGGAUCAAAGAGUGACUUCUAUUACUAAUGGGAUGAAAGUAUGGAGUCGAAAGCCUAAACCGGAUAUUGAUGGGAUGGUUUCAAAAGCCAGACUGCAAAAAGAACCAGACAAGGUUAAGAAUCAUGAAGUAUUGAUAGGAUCUAUAUCUGUAACUCUAAGCAAUUGCAGCCAAUCAGUGGGUAGCCUUGUGGCAUCUCAUGGUGAUGAUAUUGUGGAGAAUCCGACAAAGCAGUGUACUGUACAGGAGAAGCCAGUGAAACCUGAUUCCUCCCAGAGUAGCAACAACCCAUUAACAGUGAAGUUUUGGCGGCCAAUUGACAAACAUGGAACCAAAGACCCAUUUCCACUUCAAAAUGGUAGGGCUGGAGCUGAAGCUGAUACUUAUGAAAAACAGGAUCAAACUUUGUCAGGUCAAAGUAGUUUAAGGGUGUAUAGUAUAGAUCAUAGUGAUAUUGGUUUCGGGAACAAGUUUCCCGAUUUUGGUGCUAAAGCAUAUCCAAGAAGCCUUUUCUCCAGACAUGCUGCCAAAGUCUUUCUUGCACAAAGAUGGAAAGAAGUACAAGAUCGUGAACUGACAGCAUCUGAAUUUUCUAAUGCCGAUAGAUAUGGCACUGUUGCAAAUGCAGAGAAUCAAUUGCAUGCAACCUCCGAAGUUACUAAAUCCAAAACCAAAAUGAAGCCUAAAAAGGGAAUCAAGAUAAAGUAUAUUCCCAAACAAAAAGCAGCUACCUAGUAGGAACUAGGAAGGAAGUAAGAAAGAGAAGAAAU